AUGUUGGCUGAAAAUCCUAGAGAAGCAGAAUUUUUCGACACAGCGGACUUCCUGGACGAACGUAUUUUGGCAGUAGCAAAUGAUAAAUGGACCAUGUACUUCGACGGGGCUGUAAAUUUAUCUAGCUCUAGGACUGGGGUAGUUUUGAUCUCUCUAACUGGCCAACAUUAUCCUGUAGCUGCAAAAUUGAUAUUCCCUUGCACUAAUAAUAUAUCAGAAUACGAAGCGUGCAUCAUCAGCUUGCAAUUAGCCAUUGACAUGAAUGUCAAGAAUUUACAGGUAUAUGGCGAUUCUGCACUUAUUAUUCUGCAAACAGAGGGUCGCUGUCGGACACGCGAUCAUAAGCUGAUCCCAUAUCAUGAAUUCCUUGAAGAAUUAACAAAGAAAUUCGAGGACAUAUCCUUUGAAUAUUUGCCAAGGUCCCGAAAUCAAUUUGCUGACGCAUUGGCCACAUUGUCAUCAAUGUUGCAUGUGAUGGAGGGAUUGGAUAUUGAGCCAUUAAAGAUCGAGAUUCUCAAGCACCCACUACCGUAUAUGUCAGUUGAAGGCGAACUAGACGGAGAGCCAUGGUACCACGACAUCUUGAAUUACCUCCAACUGGGAGAAUUUCCUCAAGGAUGUGAGGUAGCUGACAAGAAAUAUAUCAAGAAGCUAGCGUCAAAAUUCUUUGUUUCUGGCGGUGUGCUCUACAAAAGAUCAUUUGAUUCAGUCCUGUUGAAAUGUGUCGAUGCUAGAGAAGCCAACCAGCUAAUGAAAGAAAUACACGAGGAGAGUGCGGACCACACAUGA